ACCCAUCAACCCACACUCCAGCACAUAGCAAUGGCGUUCACGCGGCGGCGUCCGUGCGGCAUCCUCCUCCUCUCCCUGCUGGCGGCAUCCGGCUCGCUGUCGCUGGCCGCCACCGGCCCGGGCGACGUGGCCGUCUUCUGGGGCCGGAACAAGGACGAGGGCACGCUGCGCGAGGCCUGCGACACGGGCACCUACACCACCGUCAUCAUCUCCUUCCUCCGCGGCUUCGGCCACGGCGCCGCCUACUACUCGCUCGACCUCUCGGGCCACCCGCUCGCGGGCGUCGGCGCCGACGUCAAGCACUGCCAGGCCAAGGGCAUCCUCGUGCUCCUCUCCAUCGGCGGGCCGCCCAACACCAACACCGGCGCCGGCGCCGGCUACUCCCUCCCGUCCGCGCGGGCGGCGGCGGACCUCGCCGCGUACCUGUGGGACGCCUACCUGGGCGGCUCGCGCGCGGGGCUGCGCCGCCCGUUCGGCGACGCGGCGCUGGACGGCGUCGACCUGUACAUCGACCAGGGCGGCGUCGACGGCCACUACGACGAGCUGGCCAGGCGCCUCUACGCCUACAACAGGAGCUACCGCGGCAGGCUCGGGGUGACGCUGACGGCCACGGUGCGGUGCGCGUACCCGGACCCGCGCGCGCAGGCGGCGCUCGCCACGGGGCUCGUCUCCCGCGUCCACGUCCGCCUGUACGGCGACCUCAAGUGCACCUGGUCCGACCGGGAGGCGUGGGAGAAGUGGGCCGCGGCGUACCCGGCCAGCCGCGUGUUCGUCGGCGUCGUGGCGUCGCCCGAGGCGGACAAGGACGCGUACAUGUUCCAGAAGGACCUCUACUACAACGUGCUGCAGUUCGCCCAGAAGGCGCCCAACUACGGUGGCCUCAUGAUCUGGGAUAGGUACUACGACAAGAUGAACCACUACAUCAGCAGCAGCUAAUAAUUAAGCUUCCCAUCCACAUCCAUCCACAUCCACCCGGUUUAUCACCUAAUAUAUAAUAGUAUUAUUGUAUUUUUCUUCUUAACUUUAUAAUACACUGUAAUGUAAUAAUGUGAUGAUCUGAUGAUCCACCAACGGAAUAAAAUGGUCAGCUUCCAGCCGGUGGGCCGCGCC